AAGGCCAGGUUGGAUGGGGCUUGGAGCAGCCUGGGACAGUGGAAGGUGUCCCUGCCCAUGGCAGGGAGUGGAAGGAGAUAGUUUGUAAUCUUUCAAUCCAAACCAGUCUGUGGUUCUAUGAGGUACUGACAUAUCACAUGUGGUAGACCCCAGAGAGGCCAAUUCCACUGGAGGCCUGGUCAAAGCCAGGAGAAAAUGCUGGAUUUGGGUUUCAGAGGGCCACAGAAAGAUGUAGGUUAGAAGGGACCAGCAGAAGUCUUAACUCCAACCACCUGCUUAAGGCAGGGCUCCAAAGGUCAGGUUGAUCAGAGCAUUUGGUGUCCACUCAGGUAUGCGAGCCCUCUGAGGGUGGAGUUCCCACCACUGUGGAUGAUGUCGCAGCAUUGUGCCACAGAACCUUGAAAGGCUUGUUUCAUCACUGAAAGGGUUCUCAGACCCUGGCACAGCUGCCCAGGGCAGUGGUAGAGUCACCAUCACUGGGGGUGUUCAGCAGACCUGUGGAUGUGGCACCUGGGGACAUGGGUUAGCAGUGACCAUGGCAGUGCUGGGGGAACGGUUGGAACUGAUGAUCUUGUGACCUGGGAGGGCUUUUCCAACAUUAAUGAUUCUGUGAAUCCUGGAUUUUCCUGAUGUGCCCCUGUGCCUGGUGUCUCGUGUCCUUUUGCCAGGCAGGGCUGUGUUUCCCUUUUCCACAACCCUUCUCUAGACAGUGGAAAACUGAAGUUCAGUCUCCCCAGGUCCGCUUUUCUCCAGCCUGGUGGGUCUCUGCUGAGCUCCCAGCCCCAAAGGGCCCAGGUAAACCAUGUCCUGGAACAGGGACCGUGCCCUGAGGGUGUGCCCUGGGUGCCACACACCUGCUGACCCUGCACUGGUCACUCAGAGUGGCUUAGGGAGUGACAGAGACCACCGCGGGGACACCAGGACGGGAUCUCGGGGGCUGCACAUCCCGACAGGCAUGCGGGGGGCUGGAGGAGGUGGUGGGCCAUGGCCCAGGAGAAGCAGGGUGGGACUAGAGGUGCUUUUUGGGAAUCUCCUGCCCAAGCUGCAGUGGGACAGCUCCGACCAUCUGCUACCCUCUGCUGGUCAGCGAGCACGGCAGGGCCCGGCCGGGCAGCCGGACGCGUGUGCCCACCUGUGCCCAGGUGUUGUCCAGCUCCCCCCCGAGGCAGCAGAGCCGCGCUGUGCCCAGCAGCUCCCACCCCUCGGGAGCUGCAGCCUGGGAAAGGGGCUGUGGCACCCGAACCUGCCCCCGAAGGGACAAACCAGAGGUUGGCCUGUGGCCAAGCACCCUGGAGCCUGGGGGUGAUGGCACCACUUGAGGGGUCAGACUGGAGCCUCCGAGCCCCAUGGCCAGCGGGGAUGUGACAGGGGAUGUCACUGUGCCACCGAGCUCUGCGGGGAUGUCACCUCGGGGCAGGGCUCAGGCCGGCAGCCCCGCGACCUGCCCUGAGGGCCCUGUGUGGAUGGGAUGAACCCUGGGCAGCCCAUGCAGCAGAGCCUUUGGCUCACCCACAGCCUGGCACAGCGAGUCCUGCUGGGUUUGCUGCAGGGCAGGAGCUGCCAUGUGCCCCCCGGGCAGCCUGGCAGGAUGGGACUCCUGCCUGGUGGGUCUGGGAAUGGACAGCUGGGGAGACGGGACUGGAGAAGGACGUUGUCAAAGCUCCUUCGCACACAGGGCUGUGGGAGCACCACGUUCCCUUGGUGACUGGUGCCUGGAGAAGCAGUGACUGCAGUGAGCAGAGGAGCGAGGGUCUCGGGCAGGGGUUGGCAGCCCUUGGCUCUGCCCCGGGCUGUGAGGAUGGAGCCGGAGCUGGAUGGUGAGCCAGAACUGCCCACGGACAUCCCAGCUAACCAGAACAGCAACAGUCCCAAAGCUGCUCCCCGCGAGCUCCCAGGGCUCGGCAUCCCUGGAGCUGAGCGUUCCCUGUGCGUGGGAAAACAGCCUCGGUGGGGGAACCCACACUUCUGCUCCGCUCCUUCUGAAGCGCUGGGGUGCUCAGGGUGACCUCCGAGGCCGCCUGACGUCAGGAGCCCGGGUCUCCUGGGACACCCGGGAUCUCUGCCAGCGUGGCGAGGUUGGCCCCAGGGAGCACGAACCAGUUCCUGGCUCCACCAGCCGCCCUGCCCUCUUAAUGAGGGAUAAUGAGGUGCAUCUCAUCAACGCUGCAGACUUGCCCCCUGGCCAUGGCGGCUGCUGGCAAAGCCCCCGGUGGGACCGGGAGUGAUGGAGGGGCUGGGGCAGGAGGCAUUCCAGCCGGGGGCUCUGCGGGGUUGGGGUCUGCGAGGGGUGCAUGAGCAGGGUGGGCCGGAAGGUGGGCGCUGGGACAGCAGCUCUGUGCCAGGGAGCCAGGGGCUGAUCCAGCCCCCGUGAGCGACCCCGGCACAUUCCCGGGGGGAUUUCUUCCCAUUGCGGACCUCACCUGGGUGAAGGACCCACACCCUCAGCAUUUGUAGGGGCACAUCCCGUUGCCCAGCCACCUGUGGCUGUCACCCGCCCUGGCAGCCCACGGCCAGCACAAGUCCCCAGAUGUGCCCCCCGGCAGCCGGGCCCGGCCCGGGGAACCCCUGGAUGCCAGGCGCUGGCACAGGAACAGACGGUGCUGCGGUGGCCGGGAACGAGACGGGCUGGAAAGGAGACGGUGUUUGGCUGCAGGGGAGGGAGGGUCAGGCAGGGCCAGGCUGCGCUGCCCCGGCCCCGCGGCGGCUCGUUCCCCCUGCACAGGUCACGCGAGGCUGGGGGAUGCUGCUCCUCGCUGUGGGACUGCCUGGGGGCUUCAAGUCCCCCUUCCGAGGGGCUUUGAGGGAUGGGAGGUCUGUGUGCUGAGGGGUGGCCCAGCACCCUUGGGUGAGUAGCUGGGGUGUGGGUGGCUGCCAGGGGUUGUCCCCAUGGCUGCUGCCUGUUCUCUGCUUUUGUCUCCCCUCCUGGGCUGCACUCAGGGGUCCCCCACAGCCCCUGUCUGGCUGGUGCUGCACCCACAGCCCCCUGUCCCAGCUGGCACUGCAACCCCCAGCCCCCCAAGCCCGGUAGCACUGCACUCUGUACCCCCUGCCAAGCUGGCAUUUUAUGCAGAGCCCCCUGCCCGGUCGGCCCUGUGCCCCACAGCCCGCUGUCCCCACCAGCACUGCACCCUAUAGCCCUGUGCCCGUGGGGCUGCAACCCCCAAGAGCUGCUCUUGCACCUCCAACAUCUGUCCCUGCACCCCGUGCAGAAGUCCCCAAGCCCUGCCCUGGCACCACUGCCACGCAGCCCCAUCCCACACCCUGCCUGUUCACACGAAGACCCCGAGGCAGUGUCUGCCCUCGGGCACCCCAAAAGCUCCUCCCGGGUGAAGCGGGGCUGCGCCGGGCCUGGCCGGGCUUCGCCUGGGCGUGAAGGGAGCCUGAGCGCAGGAGGGGCCAGGCGAGGCGGCAGGAAUGCGAGUGGGAGAGCGGCCGGGCAAGUAGCGACAGCUCCUGGCAGCGCGGAUCCCACACGCGGCUCGGGCAGGGAGCAGAGCCCCGGCACGGGGCUGGCGGCCGGAAUGGGGCACCCCAUGGCUCAGCCCCUCUGAGAGCCGGAGCGGAGGGUGGCGAGUCCCCGGGGGCAGCACGGCCAGCGCGGGCUCCUGGCCGCAGGGAGCGCGGCUCCGGCUGGAAUCGCCCCGGCGGGGAAUGCCCGGCCGGGCCGGCACGAGGCGCUGAGUGAGGAUCCCGGCGGGCCGAGGAGCCGCGAUGACCCCCGAGAAGGUGCUGAGGGAGGGGGUGCUGGAGAAGCGGAGCGGGGGGCUGUUGCAGCUCUGGAAGAAGAAGCGGUGCCUGCUGACGGAGAAAGGGCUGCAGCUCUUCGAGCCCAAGGGCUCAAGGCGCAAGGAGCUGAGCUUCGCCCGCAUGAAGGCCGUGGAGUGCGUGGAGUGGAAGGAGCGGCACAUUUACUUCACGGUGGUGAUGGACGACAGCCUCGAGAUCGACUUCCGCUGCGCCCAGGAGGACCCGGGCUGGAACGCCGAGAUCACCAUGGGGCUCGUGCGCUUCAAGAACCAGCAGGCGAUGCGGGACGUGCGCGCCCGGCACAGCUGCCGAGCAGUGGUGCAGCUGGGCGCAGCUCCGGUGGGACAGUCCAGGGAAUCGCAGCUUCCCAGGAGUCGGAUGGAGAUGGCCCUCGGCUCGGCAGGUGCUGGAGAGAACGGGAUCCCUGCGGGCAAGUGAGGCCACCGCUGUGCAGCCCGGGGACGAGGACAGUGGCCCGGGGAGGCCGGUGCUGGCACUGGCUCCCCCUGUGCCGGGUGAAGGACAGAGGCACCGCAAGAGCUGGGCUGGCACAGCCACCUCCCCUUGGCACAACGGGGCAAAGGACACAGGCAGCGUCACCACCUGGGGCUUCAGACAAGGCAGGAGGGGACAUCCCUGCCUGGGGCCCCACCACCCUUCAUUCAGCUGACGUGUGCAGGGCCUCGGUGCCCUGGUGGGGACCCCAGGCCUCUCCUGCAGGACAGGGGAUGGAUGAGGCUGUGCCCGAAGGAUCUGUGCGACAGGGAGCUCUGCCCGUGUGACAGUGACACUGGGACAGAUGGAUGUGGCUGGGUCCCAAUUUUAAAAAGGGGCUGGAGAGCUGCUGCUGCAGCAGGGACCCCUCAGCAGGGCACUGAACUGAUGGUGUGGUGACACAGCCGUGCUGCAGGACAUUGUCUCACCCUGGGAUGUCCUUGGGCUGUUGGGAAAUGCUGGGGACCCCAAUUCCCUGUACUAAACGUGUCCCCAAACAGGACUUUCUGCUUCUUA